AUAUAAUUUGUUUUAGGGUUUUUGGCCAAAUGAGUCAAGUCGACGAAGCUGACGACGAGCCCUUGCCAUUGGCUCACUCCAUUGAAAUUGAAAAACCCCAAAGCCCUAAACUUGAACAAGACCAAGAAGAACCACAACCCACUGUGGACGCUACGCCCCAAAACGACGACGGCGACGACGACGACGAUCCCAUGGAGGAAGACGCCUCCUCCUCCGUCAGCGCAUCUCCGGUCUUCUGUAUUGGGCUCAAGCAGCCCAGGUCUGAUUUGCUGCACAAGAUGAGCGUCCCUGAGCUUUGUCGCAACUUUAGUGCUGUUGCGUGGUGUGGGAAGCUGAAUGCCAUAGCUUGUGCCUCGGAGACUUGUGCGAGAAUUCCAAGCUCUAAUGCAAAUCCACCUUUCUGGAUUCCCAUUCAUAUUGUAAUCCCAGAGCGACCAACUGAGUGUGCAGUAUUCAACAUUAAUGCAGAUUCUCCUCGUGAUUCUGUUCAGUUUAUUGAAUGGUCACCCACUUCUUGCCCUCGUGCUUUACUGAUUGCUAAUUUCCAUGGAAGAAUAACGAUCUGGACUCAACCUUCUCAGGGGCCGGCUAAUUUAGUACGUGAUGCUAGCAGCUGGUCACUAGAGCAUGAAUGGCAGCAGGAUAUUGCAGUUGUUACAAAGUGGCUAUCAGGGGUGUCACCAUAUAGGUGGCUUUCCUCAAAAUCAAGUAGUCCCUCAAAUGCAAAGUCAACUUUUGAAGAAAAAUUUCUCUCACAACUAUCCCAAAAUUCAGAUAGGUGGCCAAAUUUUCUCUGUGUCUGUUCUGUGUUCUCGUCAGGCUCCGUCCAGCUACAUUGGUCUCAAUGGCCUCCUAAUCAAAGUACUGCAGCACCAAAGUGGUUUCAAACAAGCAAGGGACUCUUAGGUGCUGGGCCUAGUGGUAUUAUGGCUGCUGAUGCUAUCAUAACAGAUAGUGGUGCAAUGCACGUUGCAGGCGUUCCAAUUGUAAACCCAUCUACUGUUGUAGUUUGGGAGGUCACUCCUGGCCUUGGUAAUGGAUUUCACGUAACUCCAAAGAUAACCACAAGCAAUGGGAUCCCACCUUCAAUGAGUCCACCCAAUUGGGCAGGUUUUUCCCCUUUAGCUGCAUAUUUGUUUAGCUGGCAAGAUUAUCUAAUAUCCGAAUCAAAACAAGGGCGAAAGCAGACAGAUUCAGAUUUCAGUGAUACCGUACCACUCCAUUGUUCUCCAGUUUCAAAUUUUUCAGCAUAUGUGAGCCCUGAGGCUGCAGCUCAAUCUGCAAGAACCACCACGUGGGGAUCUGGAGUUACUGCAGUUGCUUUUGAUCCAACUCGGGGUGGUUCUGUGAUAGCUGUUGUCAUAGUUGAGGGGCAAUACAUGUCUCCGUAUGAUCCAGAUGAGGGUCCUUCAAUUACUGGAUGGAGGGUGCAACGCUGGGAAUCAUCCCUUCAGCCAGUUGUGCUUCAUCAGAUAUUUGGGAAUCCCACUUCUACUUUUGGUGGGCAGCCGCCCAUGCAAACAGUUUGGCUGUCCAAAGUGGACACAAGCAUACAACCAACUAAUGAUUUUAAAAAUCACCAAGCAUCUGCAACAGGAGUGAUCUCUGAGCCGAAGAAGACACCAGAUUCUAGCUUUGAGAAGGCAAAAAGGGUCAGUUUUGAUCCCUUUGACCUGCCAAGUGAUGUUAGAACUCUUGCUCGCAUUGUAUAUUCUGCUCAUGGUGGAGAAAUUGCUGUUGCUUUUCUUCGGGGUGGGGUUCACAUCUUCUCUGGUCCGAACUUUGCACCUGUUGAUAACUACCAGAUUAACGUUGGAUCUGCAAUUGCUACUCCUGCCUUCUCUUCGACAAGCUGCUGUUCAGCUUCUGUGUGGCAUGACAGUAGUAAGGACCGUACCAUUUUAAAAAUAUUGCGUGUUCUUCCGCCCGCUGUUCCAAGCAGUCAGGUGAAGGCAAAUUCAUCGGCGUGGGAACGUGCAAUUGCAGAAAGGUUUUGGUGGAGUCUUUUGGUUGGAGUUGAUUGGUGGGAUGCAGUUGGGUGCACACAGAGUGCUGCUGAGGAUGGCAUUGUUUCUCUGAACAGUGUCAUUGCAGUAUUGGAUGCAGAUUUUCAUUCUCUUCCCUCUACUCAGCACAGACAACAGUACGGUCCUAGUCUAGAUAGGAUAAAAUGCAGGUUGCUGGAAGGCACAAACGCACAAGAAGUUAGAGCAAUGGUUCUAGACAUGCAAGCUAGGCUAUUGCUAGACAUGCUUGGGAAGGGAAUUGAAUCGGCUUUGAUAAAUCCAUCUGCUUUGGUUCAAGAACCAUGGCAGGAAAAAGGUGAAACUUUAUCUGCCAUUGAUCCUGAAGCAAUGGCUGUUGAACCAGCUCUUGUGUCAAAUAUUCAGGCUUAUGUUGACGCAGUUCUUGAUUUAGCUUCACAUUUCAUCACUCGCUUGCGGCGAUACGCUAGUUUUUGCCGCACAUUGGCCAGCCAUGCUGUUACUUCCGGCACUGGUAGCAAUCGCAAUAUGGUGGCUAGUCCUACCCAGAGUGUGGGUUCUCCUGCAACUAGUCAGGGAGGUCAAAAUGGACCAACAACUUCCACAGGAAACACCCAGAUGCAAGCUUGGGUACAAGGUGCCAUUGCGAAGAUCAGUAGUACCUCUGAUGGAGUUCCUAGUUCAACUCCAAACCCCAUCAGUGGUCCAUCUUCUUUCAUGCCAAUAAGUAUAAACACAGGAACAUUUCCAGGAACACCUGCUGUUAGGCUGAUUGGGGAUUGCCACUUUCUUCAUAGAUUAUGCCAGCUUUUGCUUUUCUGUUUUUUCUUUCGGCGAACUCAGCUACCCCGUUUUGUUGGGGGUGCACAGAGAAAUACUGAUGCAAACAUACAAAAGCCUCAGCCUGGGGCUCCUGGGAAAGUGGAAGAAAUCAGUUCUGUUUCUGUCAAACCAGCCUCAGCCAUAGUUAGACCGGAGGAGGGUCAAGCAGCUCGGGCUGGUCAGAUCAUACCUGCAGCAAAAGGAGUGGAGGAAGGACCUGCUGGAAGGUCAAGAUUGGGUGCUGGAAAUGCUGGUCAGGGAUACACUUUUGAGGAGGUGAAAGUCCUUUUUCUCAUCCUUAUGGAUCUUUGCAAAAGAACAGCGAAUCUGGCACAUCCAUUGCCAGUUUCUCAGGUGGGAAGCAACAACAUUCAAGUGCGGCUGCAUUACAUUGAUGGAAAUUAUACAGUACUUCCAGAAGUUGUGGAAGCAUCUCUCGGCCCUCAUAUGCAGAAUAUGCCCCGGCCUAGAGGUGCAGAUGCUGCUGGUCUUCUACUCCGAGAAUUAGAACUCCACCCUCCAGCUGAAGAGUGGCAUAGACGGAAUAUGUAUGGAGGACCUUGGUCCGGUCUGGAUGAUGUGGGCCAUCUAGAUGAUACUCCCAAGCUAUUUAACUCUCAUGACUCGGUCGAUUUGGGAUUGAUGGAAAGUUGCGAUGUCUAUUAUGGAGCCCAUGGUCUCUGGCCAAGGAAACGCAGAAUAUCUGAAAGAGAUGCAGCUUUUGGCUUAAACACUUCUGUGGGUCUGGGGGCAUAUCUGGGUAUAAUGGGAUCACGGAGAGAUGUUAUUACUGCUGUAUGGAAGACUGGUCUUGAUGGUGUUUGGUAUAAGUGCAUAAGAUGUUUGCGGCAGACUUCAGCUUUUGCUUCCCUAGGUGCUACUGGUCCGCCUAAUCAAAUUGACCGGGAGACGUGGUGGAUCAGCCGCUGGGCUUAUUGCUGUCCCAUGUGUGGUGGAACAUGGGUUCGAGUUGUUUAGACGACUGAACCUACCAUGUUAUUUAUUAGGUGGGUUCUAUCUGUUACUGAUUUAUAUGUGGUGAGAUCCACAAUGGAGACGCACAAGGCAAUGCUGAUCACUGGCAACUGAUAAUACAUGAGCUGCUGAUGAUUGCCGGCCAAGUGAUGUGAUGCACCAGACAGGUGUCUGUUAAGGUGAUCAACAUUAGAAGAUUGUCUCUGUAAGCAGUCACGCUGAUCUUUAUAUAUCAACUUAAUGCCAUGACCUUGGUGCUGGGGUUUGAAAUGAAGAAUCUAGCCUCGGGCCAAAGUUCUUAUGACCACUUUGUUCUUAGUUGACUACUCCCUCCACUUGUUAACUUACAUGUCAAUGUAGUUAUACUAUGAAGAGCUUAUUUUUGGUUCAUGGGUGAGGGCAGUGGUUGGUAGGAUCCCACAAGUCUAACUCUGAGUUAUAGGUAGAUUAAUCUAUAUCUCUGCCAUUCGUAAAAUCGUAAAUGGAGAAAAUGUAUAGGGUGCUGCUAAAUGUACCCAACAACAAAUAUCUAAGUGUACCCAACAACAAAUAUUUUUCAAUAAAUCUUCCGAUUCUACCCCUGUAA